AUGAGACGUCGUUGGGCCCUGCAAAGCCAAGAUCGCACCACCACCGCACCUUCCACUCCAAUCGAAGUGGAGUCUCAACCAGCAUCGCCUCCCAGGAGCAUAGCCGAAGAUUUUGAGGCACACCUGGCCGCGCUUGCUGCAGAACCCGCACUGCCUUGCUCCGACUUCAUCGAAGACCCUGCACCUAUACAGCCUUCUAUUGCACAGGUCUUCCAACGGCAGCGCCUGUUGCAGUCACACCCAAAAAAUCCGCCCCACGCCAAGCACAGCCACGGCGACCUUCCAACAGUCGCUGACUUGAUAGUGGGCCCUGCCACAGCCCGGGCAACGCCCCGGCGGAACACAUUUUACCCGCCUGUCCCGCAGGCGGAUAGAGCACUGCACAUAGCACCGCCGCCGAAAAGAUAUAGGCCCGAGCCGGCACUGCAGUUUGGCGGCCUGCCACCACCGCCCCCUCCAUCGCUGCCGCGCAGCCUUGCAGGAUCCACGGCCACGCAAAUCAUCCCGCACAGCUCUCUUCAAAGCUCUCCGGCAACGCCACGACCGCCGCCGGCAUCUCAGAUUCCCCUUGCACCUCCCAAGCCGCGCAUAGUCAAAUUCAGGACCAUGCGCAGCUCCCUAGCAGCUAUAGCAUCGCGCAUGAACAUAUGCGGUACGCUUUGGCUGCAGCUAGUGUACAAGCUAGGCAAAGCCUCGCAUCUUUUGCAAUCGGUGGAAGCAGCCAAACAAGAAGUCCUGGCAGGUCCUUGGAAGGCUUUUGCAUCCAGGCACGAAGAAAUGCACGCCGCAUCGCAACAUCAUCCGGCACCCACACAGCUGGACCCGGCAUCGCAACAGGCUACGCAGAGCUCGCCAGACAUCAUUGAGCAAUUCUCGCCAGAAUCGCCGGACCCCAUCGCACCCUUCUCAGAUGAAGAAGCCUGGAUGGUGGAAAACGCGGCGUUGCAACGCCAAAGCUCCGAAUCCUCCAGCGAAGCAUCGUCAGUAUCCUCUAAAGAACCCUUGCAAAUCGACUUGGAAGGUCCAACACCGCUUUUUGCAUGCACAGGCCCUUGGGGCUGUUGGCACUCGCUCUGCCCACCUGACGAAUCCGGCGUGCUGCGCACAGCAUGUGGGAUCAAGCUAGGCACAGCUGCCUUCACUUCCAACGCACCGCCACAGCCUCACUGCCGUCGCUCGGCUUGCGUCGCACUCCGCAAUGGCGCUUGA